CAUACUUCAUCUUCUAGCUCUAAACGGGUUGUGGUUCAUCCUCACAUUAAAAGCUAUGUGGCAAACUAUAGUGUUUUUGCUUGUUUACGUAUCAUUCACCACGACAGGUGUGACAGGUGGUGCGCAUAGACUUUGGGCGCAUAGAACGUACAAAGCAAAACUACCAUUUAGAAUAUGGUUGAUGUUGGGUCAAACUGGAGCCCUUCAAAAUGAUAUUUACACUUGGGUGCGAGAUCAUAGAGCGCACCACAAAUUUACUGAUACCGAUGCUGAUCCUCACAAUUCCACUAGGGGGUUCUUUUUCUGUCACGUGGGAUGGUUGUUGAUGAAGAAACAUCCCGAUGUCAUCAAUAAAGGAAAGGCUCUGGAUAUGAGUGACGUUGAGGCUGAUCCUGUGGUGAUUUGGCAGAGAAAAUAUUACAUACCUUUAGUACUUUUACUAACUUUCAUUAUGCCUACGUGGGUCCCGAUGUACUAUUGGGGUGAAUCUUUCUACGUCUCCUUCUGUGUCUCACUGUUUAGAUACGUCAUAUCUCUAAACGGAACUUGGUUGGUCAACAGCGCCGCCCAUAUGUGGGGAUACAGACCAUACGAUAACUCCAUAAAUCCUACAGAAAACAGAUUCGUCUCCACGAUAGGCUUCGGAGAAGGCUGGCACAACUAUCACCACACUUUCCCCUGGGACUACAAAGCAGCAGAGUUGGGCAACUACAGAAUGAAUUUGACAACUGCUCUCUUAGAUUUUGCCGCCUAUAUAGGACAAGCCUACGACCUCAAAACCGUGUCAGAAGAGAUGGUUCGUAAAAGAGCGGUCAGAACGGGGGAUGGUUCACGGAUGGAUGAUAAACAUUCUGUGAAUGAUGUUGGUGGAAAGGAAAAUCAUCAUUUUCAUGAUGACUGCGUUUGGGGAUGGGGCGAUAAAGAUAUGAAAGAUGAAGAAAGGAAUAGUGCUAAUAUUACUUAUGUUAAAGGAGAUAUAUAGAUCGGUAUGUUGUUAUUAUUAAUAUUGUUUUUAGAAGAGAUCCAAGCAAAAUAUGUACAAAAUAUAAUGUGAAAUUGUUAUAAAAAAUUACUUCAAGAAUACCCAAAGAGUUUCUUAAUUUGUUGAUUUAUAGAAUCUUAACUAUAUUUUCUCUUUUAAGUUUGUCUUAACGUACUUGCGAUGUCUGCUCUUCAAUGACUUAAUUUAUGAUUCCUGCUCCUCUUCAAAAUAGGCAUACAUAUGCUUCUUCAACUUAUGAGAUCCUUUCAAACAUUUUUGAAUAAAAAAAUUAGGCAGUGCGAAAUUAUGGACUAUAAAAUGAUUUACCACAAAGAGUUUGGGUUGUAUCUAUGCUUUUUGAACUCUGCAUUGUCUUAUUCAAGUGUGUAUUUUCCUUCCUUAUUUUUGUUUUUGAUUAAUUUUAAGAAAGAAAUUUUCAUUAGUUUUCUAUAGUAUGUUUUAUGAUGUUAGAAAAAAAAUAUUUUACAUAAAAACAACAUCACUAGCUUCAACGUAUUUUCUAUUUAAAAUGUCUGCUUUCUUACCCAAUAUAAAACUUCUUUAUUAAAAUUGAAUACCAUCAUGAAGUCAAAAAGCUUCAAUAAAAAUAACUCCUGUUUGGAGAACAUGAAUGAGUUUCCUUCCAGUUGUAGAUUGUGAACGUGACUGGUUUUGUAGCCAGAUAAUUAAUUUAGUUACUAUCUUAACUAUUUUAUUUAUUAGAAUUGUUAAAUCGCUUGGAUUAGCUUUAUUUAAUGCUUUAGCAAUGGCAGACACUUCGAAAACCAUUGUUUCAACCAUUUUGGAAACAUUAGGAUUAGUUGCAUCAAUUUUUCCUUUUCUUGAGCUAUCUUCAAUGUAUUCACGAGUCAAAAACUUGCAAAUAACAUUUAAACGUUCUGUAUCUCUAUGGUGAGAAGUGUCUCUAAUUAUACAGUGUGCUCAAUUAAGUCGGCACCAUACGAGAAACUUUUUUAUUAUUGAUAAAGUUAUUCCUCAUAAAAAGUUCUGCAUCGUUUAAAACCCAAGAUGCAUUCAUCGGACAUUAAAUUUUGUGAACCGUAUACGAUGUGCUUAAAAAAUAUAAAUUUUGCUCAAGAGUAAUGUAUCUUAAUUUUUGAUUAACCUCGUAUACGGCUGAUAAAAUUUGUUACAUUUAAUUGAGUUUUAUGUUUUAGGUCAUGAGAAACUUUUUAUGAAGAAAAACUUUUUUUCCUAAAAAAGUUAUUCUUCAUAAAAAGUUGUGCAUUGUCUAAAACCCAAAAUAUAACAAUCAGAUAUCAUAUUUUACAAAUUUAUACAAAGUUUGACAAAAAUAAAGGUACUUUAUGAGCAAAAUUUUAACGCACCUUGUAUACGACUCAAAAAAUAUUAUAUUUGAUGAUAUAGUUGAAGACAAUCCAUAACUUUUUAUAAAGAAUAUUUUUUUUUUUUAUAAAACUAACAAAAAAGUUUUAUAAGCAAAAUUUUGACGCACCUCAUAUACGACUUAAAUUUUUUUAAAUUUGAUGGUUGUAUUUUAAGUUUAAGACAAUGCAGACGUUUUUAUAAGGAAUAAAUUUUAUCCAUUAAACUAACAAUAAAAAAGUUCCCCAUUUGGUGCCGACUUAAUUGGACACACUGUAUUUUAAUUUUCGUCAUAAUUGAAAAAGAAUGUACAUAGUAUAGUGAAGGUUAUCAAUAUAUUGUAGGUUUAAUUUGCCAUUGUACAGAGGAUGUAUU